AGCGCCGUUACAACACAGGCAUUACAAAGAUUGCAACGAUUUUGCAUGUUCUCAGGUUAAUUUUGCCAAAGCUUCCACAACAUAUAUAAUAAGAGAUCAGCAAUGUCUACGGAACGGGAAAGGGCAGAACUUGACGCCAGGGCUAGACAGGGGGAGACUGUGAUCCCUGGUGGAACAGGUGGCAAGAGCCUUGAAGCGCAGGAACACCUCGCUGAAGGGAGGAGCCGAGGAGGGCAGACAAGGAGGGAGCAGCUGGGGACAGAAGGGUACCAGGAGAUGGGUCGAAAGGGUGGUCUAAGCACUGUGGACAGGUCAGGAGAGGAACGUGCACGCGAGGCCGAGGGUGUUCCAAUUGAUGAGUCCAAGUUCAGGGCGAAGAGCUAGCUAGUGUAGUACUUCCCAGCUGUUUUGAGUAUGACCGUAGGGGUGUGGGUAUAGUUGCUGCAUGCUAGUAGUUCGUGUUGCCUAGUUGUUUUGUUCUAGAAUGGUGUUUUAGGGUUUGGCGCCGCUCGUUCUGGCUGCGUUUCUUGUAGGCGCAUCUGUUUUUCCGUUCUGUAAUGUCUGCUGGUGCUUUCUCAGUAUGGUGCUGUAUCUACUUGAUGGCUACUCUGGAGGUCCUAUUUAAUUAGUGGUGUUUGCACGCUUUUUUGGA